AUGGAUAAAAGUGAGAAGAGUUUGCUUAUUCACCAAAAGACAGUUCACCAAAAUCAAAAAGAUUACGCAUGUGAUAAAUGCGAGAAGAAAUUUAGCCGUAAACGGAAUUUACUCGACCAUCAUAAAACGGUACACGAAGGUUGCGUUAUAGAUUACACAUGUGACAAUUGUGAGAAAAAAUUUACACAAAAAUCGAGUUUGCUCUAUCACCAAAGAAUAGGCCACGAAGGUCAGAGAAAUUUCCCAUGUAACAAAUGCGAAAAAAAAUUUGGAAAAAAAAGUAUUUUGCUCUCGCACACAAGAACAGUCCAUGAAGGUCGCAAAGAUUUCGCAUGCCACAAUUGCGAAAUAAAAUUUGGGAUUAAAUCAGAUUUGUUGAAGCACCAAAGAGUCGUACAUGAAGGACGAAAAGAUCACUUAUGUGGCAAAUGUGAGAAGAAAUUCGGACGAAAAGCUGAUUUGUUGGUGCACCAAAAAGCAAUCCAUGAACGUCGCAAAGAUUUCACUUGCGACAAUUGUGAACAGAAAUUUACACAAAAGAAGAGUUUGUUCAGCCACCAAAGGACAGUACAUGACGGUUGGAAAGGUUACGCAUGCGACAAGUGCAAGAAGAAAUUUGGGGAACGGAGCGCUUUGACCAAACAUCAAAAAGUAGUCCAUGAAGGUCGCAAAGAUUUCGCAUGUGAAAACUGCGAAAAGAAAUUUACACAAAAAGUGCAUUUGCUA